AGUUGCCUAUCGAUUGCGAUAUUUUGAUCGAGUCGUUUUGGUUAUUGUUUUUUUUUUACCCCUUACAGCAAAUAUAUUAAACCACGGUCUAUACGAGGUAAGACAUAAAUUUUGUAAGAUCAUAUGUAGGAAAACGGUACUUAAUCUAGAGUUAUAUUGGUAAUUUUAAUAGUUGAUAGACUUGACAAAGGAGGAUAAAAGUGUGAAGUUAGUGGUUUGUCAUUGAUCGACUGUCACUUCACUGUUAUUUGGAUUGUCAAAAAGAGGUGUGGGAUUGAUUAAAAUAACCUGUAAAAGUCGUAAUUUUCGUGAGAAACGCGUGAAUCAGUGAUCGUUUUAUAUUAUUUGACUAAAGUUUGUCUUAAAAUGGGGAAAGUACGAUCUGCUCCGGGUGCUCCCCGGAAACAGGGAUUCAAUAAGUCUGGCCAUUCUAUGAAUCCUGAUAGACCUACUGAGGGAUUGAAAGGAGUUGGCAAUCCUAGAACUAAGGCAACUAUAAAAAGGUUGCAAAUGUACCGCAAUUUUAAAGCCAAAAGAGAUAAAACUGGUAAAAUUUUGACUCCAGCCCCGUUUCAAGGUUGGUUACCCUCUGGUACCCAAGCUCGGGUGGAACCUAAUCAAAAAUGGUUCGGAAAUUCGCGGGUAAUUUCACAAAACGCUUUACAAAAGUUUCAAGAAGAGUUUGGUGCUGUUGUGAAAAAUCCAUAUCAAGUGGUCAUGAGGCCUACAAAUUUGCCUAUUACUUUAUUAAAUGAAACAGCUAAAAAUGCUAGAGUACAUUUACUAGAUACUGAAGGCUUUGACAAAACUUUUGGACCGAAAAAGCAAAGAAAAAGGGUAAACUUAAAAUUUGGUGACUUACAAACAUUAUCUAAAGCUGUUGAAGAAAAUAUAGAAAAGUAUGACGAAAACAAAGAUGUAGAUAGAGUACGCGAAGAUACAGGUCUGAAAGAAGGCCAAAGAGACUGGGUUUUUGGUGCUGGUAUGAGUAGAAGGAUAUGGAAUGAAUUGUAUAAAGUUAUUGAUUCAUCUGAUGUGUUGCUUCAAGUUCUUGAUGCUCGUGAUCCCAUGGGCACAAGAAGCCCUUAUGUAGAGAAAUUUUUAAAAGAGGAAAAGCCCCAUAAACAUCUAAUUUUUAUAUUGAACAAAGUUGACUUGGUUCCUAACUGGGUCACACAAAGGUGGGUUGCUAUAUUAAGUUCAGAAUAUCCAACAAUAGCCUUCCAUGCUUCUUUAACACAUCCUUUUGGAAAAGGAUCACUUAUAAACUUACUGCGUCAAUUUGCAAAAUUACAUAUUGACAAAAAACAAAUAAGCGUUGGAUUAAUUGGCUAUCCUAAUGUUGGAAAAUCUUCAGUGAUUAAUACGCUGAGAUCUAAAAAAGUAUGCAAGGUUGCACCUAUUGCAGGAGAAACUAAAGUAUGGCAGUAUAUAACAUUAAUGAAAAGAAUAUUCUUGAUUGAUUGCCCUGGGAUUGUGUAUCCCUCUGCUGAGACAGACACAGAAAAAGUUUUAAAAGGAGUGGUUAGAGUUGAAUUAGUUCAAAAUCCUGAUGACUAUAUAGAAGAAGUUAUCAAAAGAGUUAGAAAGGAGUAUUUGAUUAAGACAUAUAAAAUUGAUGGUUGGGAAACUGCAACGGAAUUUUUGGAAAAACUUGCAGCCAGAACAGGUAAAUUGUUAAAGAAAGGUGAACCUGAUGUAAAUCAAGUUGCUAGAAUGGUUCUCAAUGAUUGGCAAAGAGGAAAGCUUCCUUUCUAUGUAGCCCCUGAAGGCUUUGAGAUACCACUUUCAAAACACAUAGAAGAAGGAACAGAAAUUAUCCAGAACAAAGAAGCUCCAAUAAUAUCUGAUGAACAAGAAAAAGAAGCAACACCAGAUGUGUCUCAGAAAGGAAAUGAGUCCUUAGACAAGCAAACGCUCAUUGUUAACAAACUAACAAUAGCUCAAGAUUUUGCCAAAAUAAGAGUUGGUCUACAGUUUGAUAAUGAAGAUGAUGUUAAACCUCUUAAUAAAAUUGACAUACCUGAAGAAUUAAAAGAAAUAGAUGAUCAAAGUGAAGAUGAAGAAUCACAGGAAGGUGAAAAUAAAAAUAUCAAUGAUGGUGAUUCUUCUGACAUUAGUGAUUUUUACAGUCAUGAUGAAGACAUUUGUAGUGAUGUUGAUGAUUAUCUAACCAACAAUGUAGAAACAGUUUUGGAAUUAAAAAGAAAACGCCUUGAAGCUGCAAGUGGUGCAUUCACAGUAGAUGAAAUUUCGCAAAAGCAUAAAAAACAUAAAGGAAAUCCUACAAAUGGUAAACCAGUCAAAAAGUUGACUGCUAAACAAAGAAGGGCCAUAGACAGAGCUCAACGAAGAACUAAGACAGGAAGUAAUUUCUAUGAAGUCUCCAAUGUUAAAAAUAGAAAUAGAAACAAGAAAAAAUUAUAAAACAUUAAAUGAAUUAAUUAGAUUUUCUGUAGUUUUAUUCAUAUAAUUAUAGUAAUAAAUACACCUGAACCUACUGCAGACUGUCUGAUGUAGGUGUUAUGGCAUAAUUUAUUUAUAUCUUUCAAUAAACUAUUUUAGUCUUCUGAAAUGUUUGUUAUGAGAAUUUAAUUGAAGGAUAGUUCCAGGCAUAAAAUUAUUUAUUUGAUUUUAUUAUUUCUUACAAAUUGUUUAUAUUCAUGGAACAAACAUAUUCAGCAAUAGCUAGAAGUUUGAUGUACGCCACCACCAUAGCCUGACCGCACUGGGUACAGAGUGACAUACUCUCUUUGUACUUCAACAUACUGAAAAAUCAAGCUUUGGAAAGUUUUUGCACAUUUUUGUCACGAGCUCUCCGUCUAUACUAUUUUGUUUUAAUCAAGAGUAGGUAAUCAAUCUUUCUUUAAACCUGCCACACAGUGUAACACGAUGGGCCAACAUGUGACACCUAAUAAUUUAUUGCAGAGUGAGGCUUUUUUAUAAUAUUUAAAUGAUGGCAACUAUAGUGUACAUGUGUGCGAUGAUAGUUUAAAUGAUUGCAUAAAUGCUAUAAUUCCUUUCCUUCAGUGUGU